AUUCUCACCAAAUUCGGGGGUAGCAGCUUUAGCCAUGGUUGGACGCGACUCGAAUGAUGAAAUCUAUUUUGGAAGGACUUGGCGUUACUCGGCGUCAACCCCACUAUCGGCAGAAGCAGCUGCUUUCCUUAGAGCCGUUCGAUUUGCUGAAGAUAAAGGCUUUCAGGAUAUCAUCUUCGAACCUGAUAAUCAAGUGUUAAUCUCCUCUAUCCAGCAAUCUUCAAUGCCUCAACCACGGGAGGCCCAAACCUUGAUAAUGAGUAUCAGACAAUCUUGUGUCAUUAAUCCUGGAUUUAGAUUCAAUUUUGUUCCACGCUCUGGCAACCAAGUAGCUGACUGGGUCGCUCGCACGUCACUGAGUGGACAGUGCCCCUCGUAUUGGGCACAUUGUCCUCCCAAUAUUCUACUUAAUCUGCUCUUCAAGCAGAGGUCUAAAGUGGGAAAAAAGAAAAAAAGAAAAAAAAAGGGAAGACCUCAGCCGUCCUGACUCUUGACUUUUUUUGUUUUUGCUUACAAUGCUUUAAUCCUUUCUUCUUGCUCCGGGUACUUGUCAUAAUUUCCAGAAUUCUUGACCGAAGAAGAACACAAGAAGGUAACACCUCUUUUCUUUCUUUUAUCUUACCAUCUGUUUGGAUUGCAAUCAUAAGACGAGGCGAAGAGGAUGAGGACGACAUCUUCAUAAUUGAGUGGAUUAAACCUUUAAUUGAAAGUGGAGAUAUCCAGAAUAUCAUUGAUCCAAGGUUACAAGAUGAAAUCAACAUCAAUGUAGCAUAUGGAGAGUAGUGGAGAUAGCAAUGUCCUGUGUGUUUCCAUUACGAACCCAGAGACCGGACAUGAUUCGUGUACUAGCAAGACUUAAAGAGUGUUUGGAUAUAGAGAUGUGUUGAGAAGCUCAAGAUUGGGCCAAAAUGAAAGGAGAUCAAGAAGAUCGAUGCAUAAAAAAACAUGCAGUGGAACAUCCAAAUCUAUGUAUAUAUAUAAAAGGAGAGAUAUUUA